GUACCGCCCCACCAAAGCUGAAUGACACAUGCAAGUCAAGAUCCUUCCUAAUCAUAAACCUUGGCAAAAAUGGAACUUUUACAACGUGUUGCGAGACGACCUAAUGAUGAGCCAAAUCGAAAUCUUUGCGCGGUAUGUUGUUCACUCUUCACCGGUCGCCGACAAGAUAAGGAGCUUGGAGUUCCCGCUACAGAACAGUUGCAUCAAACCGUACAGCAGCUAAAGAGCACUGCCGACACAGGAUGCCAUCUGUGCCGCUUGCGUUGGAAUCAGUUAAGCCCAGAAGAGCGGAAUGACUUACAAAGCUGUACUAAAAUCACGUACGGUUUCUGGCAGAGUCGAGUCGGGGAUGGGGUUGUCUUCGAGUACUGGACGGACCAGUGGUCCUGCGGCACUGAGCCCCGGGUAUCUAGGUCUGUCCUGAUUAAGCCGCAAGCUGACGUGUCAACCGGCCAUCCCCACGAUUUUGACGCCGGUUCGUCCACGUCAAGUGAUGCAGCGUUCCGCGCUGCAAAACAGUGGCUGGAAAAUUGCGAUGAAACUCACAGCGACUGUAAACGGUGGAUACGUCCAUCUCCGGACUUUAUGCCCACACGUCUGAUUGAGAUUGGCGCUACACCUGCGGACACGCCGCGCCUACGAUAUGGGACUGAUCUGACCACGAGCGUACCAUAUGUGGUCCUGUCUCAUUGCUGGGGCGGAGAGGUGCCACUCCGACUGCUAAAAGAAAACGUAGAUGCAUUUCGAGCAGGAAUAGAGGGGGACAUGCCAAAGACUUUUGCGGAUGCGCUGGAAAUAGUACGAAGGCUAGGACAGAGAUACUUGUGGAUCGACAGUCUGUGCAUCAUUCAAGACUCUACAGACGACUGGCAGCGAGAAGCCGGGCUUAUGGAGCGCAUCUACGAGAACGCUUGGUUCUCGCUCGCCGCUACUGGUGCCGUGAACAGUUUCCAAGGCAUGUUCUGGCAGAGGGACCCGACGACGAUUCCCCCGCUCGAGGUGCGAGCUUCAUGGCGCUCACACCAGACGGCCAAAUACUACUGCUGGGAUCCUGACCACUGGACGAAGCACGUGGAUGAUGCGCCUCUCUUGCACCGAGGCUGGGUCACGCAAGAACGCGUCUUAGCACCGCGUAUCCUGCAUUUCACCAAGGAGCAGGUAUUCUGGGAAUGCUGCAGCCUGCGAGCGAGCGAGACGUUUCCAAGGGGCAUACCGAACAACACGUCCUACAAGCCCAGCAUGGAGACGAAGCAGCUGGCCACGGGACUGCUGCCGUACAGGACGCCGGCCUUGCAGCGGUUACGCUUGUGGCAGGAGCACGUUCGAAUCUACUCCGACAGCGGCUUGACAGAGCCGCAAAAGGACAAGUUCCUAGCCAUCUCGGGGAUCGCCCGUAAGAUCGGUCCGCCUCAGGACUACGCGGCCGGCUUGUGGAAAUCUGUCUUGACCCACCAGCUGCGCUGGUCGACCGGCAGCGGGUGCUCCAGGCAAAGGGAGUGGCGAGCGCCGUCGUGGUCGUGGGCGUCGAUAGACGGCAAGGUCUUCUUGGAGAUCCCAUACGAACGCUAUCUCGAGAACGGUAACCGGAUCGUGUUCAAGGUCCUCGACGUCGACGUUGAGCUUGCAAGCGCUGACCCGUUCGGUCCCGUCCUCCUCGGAAGGCUGCAAGUACAAGCAUCCAUGCUGCAAGCUGUAGCCUCCAAGUCGGACGCGUUCGCCCAAGGUCCAGGCCCUGUAUCCGUCUGGCUGAACGACAUCCUGGGAUUCGUCAAACUCGACGUCGGCGCCGUCGGCGAAAGAGAAACGCUGUACUGCAUGCCUUUGCACAUGAGCCCGCCGCACGGUCACUUGGCCAUGUAUGGAAUCGUCCUCAGGCCCGCCGGUGCGAAGGGCGAGUUUGAGCGAUGCGGGGUGUUCCAUAUCUCCAACGUCAAGCCGACCGAUCGCUGGGUGGAGAAGGCGAGCGAGUCUCUCGCAAAGGGGGUUGAAUCCGAAUUUAUAGGUCCCGCCGUUGGAGAGUCAGAGGGCGUGCUCUGGAAGCAAUACAACCUUACGUUAGUGUGAUUGGCACAGCUAUACGAUUUUGUCUCGCUCGUCGCUCGGCUGGACUUUGCACUGGAAUUCGCGCCCGUAACGUCUUCGAGACGUGCACAUGAUUGGAGCGUGUUCAAAAUGUGUUACGGCUGCAGUACAAUCCCCGGGGGUAUAUCUGUGUGAUAUGAUAUACUUACUGGUAGUAGAAUCGCGAGCACCAGACGCAGGACUAAUUCGUCCAACCCAGCCGCGCGUCCACAGCACGCUGCUCUGAUAAGUAAAACUGUGGGCAGCGUGGCACGGAGAUUGAAGCCCUCUUAAACGACAGAGUGACGCACAAAGAUUUUCCAAGUAGGAGUAAGAUUACUGCACACUCUAAGCGCCUCUGCGCCUCACAAAAUACAUAAUAUAUACACAUCUGGCAACCAUUUUUUCGGCCAGGAGCAAUCUACCCAUCCAAAGAAAAACACAAUAUAUACGUUAUGCAGACAGAACUCCAAGCCCCGUAGUCCAUCUCAAUACUAUUUUUUUUUUCCUUCACUGGCCUCUCAUUUCCCCGGUCAUCUCG